AUGCUGACUACGUUGGUGCAUCUGAAGGACGGACGCUUCCUGAGCUGCCGUGAGAGGAGAUGGCUGACUGGCGUUGGUGCUGGCGAGAGGAGAUGGCUGACUCGCGUUGGUGCUGGCGAGAGGAGAUGGCUGACUCGCGUUGGUGUGGCGUUGGAGGUGGCGAUGGAGUGGUGCUGCUGUGUUGGAGGUGGUGCUGCUGUGUUGGAGCGGUGCUGCUGUGUUGGAGGCGGUGCCGCUGUGUUGGAGGCGGUGCUGCUGUGUUGGAGCGGUGCUGCUGUGUUGGAGGCGGUGCUGCUGUGUUGGGGCGGUGCUGCUGUGUUGGAGCGGUGCUGCUGUGUUGGAGGCGGUGCUGCUGUGUUGGAAGAGCUCGCUGCAACUUGGAGUGUUGCAACUGGAGCAGCAGCUACUGGAGCUUCAGCAGCAACAGGAGCGGAAGCGACUGGAGCAGCAAUAAGUAAAUGGAGCCGUGAGCUAACACCCCCGUUCCUUUCUUCUCUCCCCCCUCCCUUCUCCCUCCUCGUUCGCGUUCCUCUGCCUUCAUUGUUUUGA